AUGUCGGAGCGGCAGGGGCGGCCGGAGCCUAGCAACAGCCUGUACGGCAUCCUGCAGGUGGCGCCGUCGGCCACGGAGGACGAGAUUCGGCGCGCCUACCGGCGGCUGGCCCUGCGCUACCACCCCGACAAGAACCCGGGCGACCAGGCGGCGUCCGCGGAGCGCUUCAAGGCGGUGCAGCGCGCCUACCGCGUGCUGGGCGACCCGCGCCGCCGCCAGCUCUACGACCUGUACGGCUCGGCGUCGCUGGCCGAGGGCUUCCCCGACGGCCAGCUGUGGGUGCUGACGUCGGGCUGGGCGCGCUGCCUGCUCGUCGCCAUCUUCCUGGCCACCGUUCAACUGUCGCGCUGCGACAACAAACAAACAAACCCGCGUUCUGACGGAGAUGAGGCGAGCGAGAUGCGUAUCGCUGGCGUGAAGCACCGCAGGAGGGCAGUCCGCGGACCCUACCGUAUGCCUCGUCAGCGGACAGCUCGUCAGCGCACGAGCCAACGCAUCGGGACCUCCUUGUACGACUCGCUGGGCGUAGCGAGGGGUGCUUCGUCAGAGGAGAUCCAGAGGGCGUACCGGCACCAGAUGAGCAUCCUCCACCCCCGCAGGCACCAUCACGACCCGCAGGCCGUGGAGAGGUACCACCAGGCGAGGCGCGCCUACAGCGUCCUAGGACAUCCCGACCGCAGGAGGAUCUACGACCGCUACGGCAACCUGGGAGUCCAGAUAGCAGAGACCGCCGGGGAAAGGUGGGUGCCAACUUAG